AUAUUGGGCGCCCUUGACACAUAUCUCAUAUCUCUGUCCUUUUUUUCAUAGUCUUUCUGUCCACAUUAGAUAAAAUACGCAACUGUUUAAUAUGUACAUGACAUCCAAUCAGACAACAUGGCCUCCCUAAUCAGCCCCAUUUGACAGCUUUUUUGGUCUAGACUAGAUAUAUAACCAUAUGAAAAAGAAAGUUAUAAGGGACACCUCAAGAAUCCCAUGUGGGACUCCAUCUUAUUUUUGUGAGGACAACAAGUUGAGAAACUUCUGAUUGAAAAUUUGUAUAGCCAGCCAUGGAUCUAUCUGAUGAAAUGUCUGUUCCAACUUCUCCUAAAACCCCUACUACUAAAAACGACCAAAUGGAACCUGGAGUACUUCUUGAGGAAAGUUGGUUUUUUGGUAACUUGCUUGACAGAAAAUCAAGAAUGUUGAGAUGUUAUUCUGAUCCUUGUCCUAAAAAUACUCAAGAAUUUUCGGCUGGAAAAUCUAUGGAGGAAACAUUUUCUUCACUACAAAAACUCCCACAUGGGGAAAAAUUGAAUCUUGAUUCAAGAAAAAGCAAACCAAGAUUACAAAGAGCGUCAUCAUCAGCAUCAUCAUCUCAGAGUAGUAAUCUGCAUAGGGUACCUUCUUUGCCAGUUUUUGUAGACUACAAAGAAGAACCCCAUGAUGAAGAAAGUGAUUUUUCUAUGGGAAAAUUGAUUAGGCAAGCAUCAAUAAACCAAGUUAAAAUCUCACCUCAAAAACACAUUUCAAAGAGCAAUUUGCAGAGGGCACCUUCACUGCCUGUUUUUCAAGAAAGUGAACAAGUUCAUGAUCAAGAAAGUGAUUUUUCAAUGGGAAAGUUGAUUAGGCAAGCAUCAAUAAACCAAGUUAAAAUCUCACCUCAAAAACACACUUCAAAGAGCAAUUUGCAGAGGGCACCUUCACUGCCUGUUUUUCAAGAAAGUGAACAAGUUCAUGAUCAAGAAAGUGAUUUUUCUAUGGGAAAGUUGAUUAGGCAAGCAUCUAUAAACCAAGUUAAAAUCUCACCACAAAAACACACUCAAAGCACCUUGCAGAGGGUACCUUCACUGCCGGUUUUUCAAGAAAGUGAACAAGUUCAUGAUGAGGAAAGUGAUUUUUCUAUGGGAAAGUUGAUUAGGCAAGCAUCUAUAAACAAAGUAAAAGUUUCACCUCAGAAGCAAACUUCACAAGUAUUAUUACCAAAAGGCAAUCUGCAGAGGGCACCUUCUUUGCCAGCUUUUGCAAAAAUGGAAGAAAUUCAUGAAGAGGAAAAUGAGUUUCCUAUGGGGAAGUUGAUUAGACAAGCAUCUUUAAACCAUGCAAGAGUUUUGCCUCCUAAACAUACUUCGAAGGGACUCACAAGAAGUCCAAGUAUAUCUAGCACCACAAAGCACCGUUUAAGGAGAAAACAAGAUCAAGAAAGCAGGCUUAGAAAUAGUUCAACUGGUUUAGAAGUUGAAGAUUUGCAAGGUUUUAAGAACUUAGAAUUGAACAAUGAAAAGAAAGAUUCAAUCCCAAAAUUUGCAAACACAAGUACUCCAGGAUUGGAAGAGCAGAACGAGAAGAAACCAGUUGGUUUAUCAGAAUUAGACGAGAUAAGAACACCACCUUAUUAUUCACCAGAAGAUCAAAUGAAAGAGCAGAUCAAGUUUUGGGCUAGAGCUGUGGCUUCUAAUGUUCGCUAAAAGUGGCUAAUUUUGCAAUUUUUACUUUAGGAUAUAAGCUAAUUUAUCCACUCUCUGAUUAUACAGAAACAUCCUCUGUUUCUGCAUCUCAUAAGACAAUUUUAUUGUUACUACAAGACUUGUUGCAUGAUUAAAGUGAAUAAUUUUUAAAA